AUGUCGUGGGAAGCUACAGCCAAAGAAGCCCAAGCGGCAGUACUCGAGGCAAUCCCCGCCCGGUGGAGACUCGAUGUCGACGAAUACAGCUCGCUCAAGGAUGUAACCAGCGUGCCUUAUGCGAGUGGCAUCAUGUCCACUGAGCAGCUCCAGAUUACCGAGCUCACAGCCGUUGAGAUAGUAAAACGCAUCAAAUCGCGAGAGUUGAAAGCGGUGCAGGUUUUGGAGGCGUUUGCUGCCCGGGCUGCUAUUGCUCAUCAGCUGGUCAACUGUUUGACUUGUUGGUUCUUCGAGAAUGGUCUCGAACAGGCAAAAGAGCUCGACGAGCAUCUUGACAAGGGCACUCUCGUAACAACGGGAUUUGUCGCCAACAGGAAUAAUAUAGUCGAUCACGAUUCCACCAUUAUAUGGACACUACAGGAGGCAGGUGUCAUCUUCUUCUGCAAGACAACAAUGCCUCAAUCCGCAAUGGCCUUGGAGACCGUCAGCAAUCUCUGGGGCCGCACCACAAACCCAUAUAACAGAGACCUAGUUGCUGGCGGAAGUUCAGGCGGAGAUGCAGUACUAGUAGCCAUGAGAGGCAGUGCCGUCACACCUUCAACUGAUCUGGGGGGAUCUAUCCGCUUCCCUGCCGCCGUCAACGGACUGUAUGCCAUUCGACCGACGUCAGAUCGCGUACCUAAGGGCGAUAUGGACAGUACGAAUACUGGAAACCUCACGAUCAAACUGUCAUUCGGACCCGUGUGCCACUCUCUGGGCGAUCUUGAGUUGUUGACGAAGAUUAUUAAUGCGCAUCCACUUAAUAAAUACGAUGUAACCUCUGUGCCCGUUCCCUGGAGGAGUCUAGAUGCUCUCGACCGCAAACUCACAGUCGGAAUAAUGAAGUGGGAUGGAGUGGUGAUGCCUCAUCCGCCGGUGCUACGAGCUCUAGAACACACCAAACAGACACUCGAGAAAGCCGGACAUGAAGUGGUUAUGUUCGAGCCACCUUUUCAUUGCUGGGAUGUUAUGAAAACUACAUUCGAUGUAUACUUCCCAUCAGGGGUCGAUGACAUCAUGUCCGUAAUGGCAGCCUCUGGGGAGCCCAUUAUACCAGCCUUUGCCGAUGUUCUGAAUGUUUUUAAACCUCGGGAACAAUCUGCUGCAGAGGCAUUACGAUCAAACCGUAAAAUAAGAGCCCUGAAAGAGGAAUUCGCAGACGCAUGGGAUUUCACAGCCAGCUACACCAUCUCAGGCCGGACUAUCGACGCUCUAAUCGUCCCCCCAGCGCCUGCGGUGGGCUAUCCCCACGACUUUAACAUCUACUGGGGAUACACCUCGUUAUUCAACGCUGUCGACUAUCCAUCUGUCAUCUUACCCAUUCCUGGCUUCAAGGUCGAUCCUGAGUUAGACCCAGUCGAUGACAACUACCGACCCUUAGAAACGAAUCCCUAUGACAAGCCUAAUCAUGAAUUGUACCAUCCAAAUCUGUUUGUGAAUCAACCGUCAACUAUCCAGAUUAUUGGACGUCCUUUUGAGGAUGAGGAAGUUGUUCGAGUAGCUUCAAUCCUUGAUACACUCUUCAAGGACUCGUAG